AUGAGUGAUUAUGAUCGAUUGGCUGAACAGUUAAGGCAUCCAGAAAAUCCUGUCGUUUUUAUGGAAAUUACGGCUGGCGGCGCUCCUAUUGGAACUAUAAAAAUGGAAUUGCAAUUUUGUACGGGAGAAUAUAGGCGAGAUGGUGUACCUGUUGGUUAUAAAAAUGCACAGUUUCAUCGAGUUAUUAAAGAUUUUAUGAUUCAAGGAGGCGAUUUCGUUAAUGGUGACGGGACUGGUAUGACAAGUAUUUACGGCUCUAAAUUUCCAGACGAAAAUUUUGAUUUGGAACAUUCAGGACCUGGAAUAUUAUCAAUGGCAAAUGCUGGUCCUGAUACAAAUGGUUGUCAAUUUUUCAUCACUUGUACAAAAUGUGAUUUUUUAGAUAAGAAGCAUGUCGUGUUCGGUCGGGUUCUUGAUGGCUUAUUGACUGUACGGAAAAUUGAAAAUGUUCCAACGGGUCAAAAUAAUAAGCCGAAAAUACCAAUAGUAGUAUUACUUGGUGAAGGUGCAGUUGGGAAGUCGUCACUAAUGUUACGUUACGUAGAAAAUAAAUUUAAUCCUCGGCAUGUUUCAACAAUUCAGGCUUCAUUUCUUUGUAAGAAAAUAAUAUUCAAUGGGAAACAACUGGAUCUAAAUAUCUGGGAUACAGCGGGACAAGAAAAAUUUCAUGCUUUGGGACCAAUAUAUUAUCGUGAUAGCCAAGGAGCAUUAUUGAUAUAUGAUAUAACUGAUUCAAAAUCCUUCGAUAAGGUCAAGCUUUGGGUCAAAGAAUUGCAGCGUAUGCUCGGCAACAGUGUUGUUUUGGUUAUAGUUGGUAAUAAAACUGAUUUAAAACGUAAUCGAAAUGUGGAAUUGCGAACAGCAAUCGAUUACGCCAAAUCGGUUGGAGCAGAACAUUUUGAAACGUCGGCUAAAGAUAACAUUGGAAUUUCUCAGGUUUUCGAGCACCUUAUUCAAGGUAUUAUUUUUUCGAUCUUAGAUUUGGGCAGUUCAGUGAAUCGAAGAAAUAAUCUUCUAAUAGUUGAUGAUCCUCCUCCAAGCAAGCGCUGUUGCUCUUUCUAA